AAUUUUAUUAUCACAGCGAUAGAACUGAAAGGAUUAUAGAAAGUCUUUUCUAUUAAAACUUUUGUAAAGAAGUCAAUAUGGAUUCGGCACAAAUCAUAAAUAAAAAUUGUGCGGUAGAUUGCUCGUCGCUCACACCUUUAAAGCCUAGAUUAAGAAGAUUUGUGGAUAUUUACUCGCCAGAACAUCUCAAUUUGUCUCCGAAACCUAAACCACAAUUUAGUGCUGCUAUUGUAAAUGAAAAUCGAGACUGUUUUACACCUGUCAAGUGCUUGGAUAUUGACAACAAAUGCAGGACUGUCAAAGCUUCGCAGAAAUUCACCAAUGUUUGGAACAAUUGCUCUUUUGAAGGUAAUCAGAGCUUUCCACGGCUGAAACGCCGUGUGAGACCCAUCAAAAUGGAGUUAGAAACACCUACUAAACUUAAACAGUCUGUUGAUUUAGUGAGAGUGGAUGGUCCAAAUGGUCUCCGAUUUAACACAUCCAUAGCAGCAGGUGAUGUGACAGGCUCUCCAGCGCAGUCACAAACUGACCGCAUCCAACAGAACAUCAAUAGCAAAGCUGUCUUCACAAUCGAACCGAAUAGUUCUAAGAUUCUAAUAGUAAACAACAAAGCAUGUUCCCUUCUUGGCUAUUCAUCAGGCGAACUAUGCGAUUUGCAUUUUUCGGAUCUGCUUCAUAAAAGAAAUCGAAAAAAGUUCAAUUUGCAUGGAGCUGAAGAUGGGGAUACUUCUGAAGAUGGGACUGUUGUUUUACUCAGUGGAAAAGUUGUUGAAUUGCUGUCCAAAGAUGGUAAUGCUGUACAAGUUUCUUUGUGGAUACGGCAGCUGGACAGCGACGGGCCAUGUUUAGUGGUAGCUGAACCAGUCAGUUGUAAAAAUGUUUUGUUCACAGUCGAAGCUGAUACGGGCACCAUCAUUUCCUGUGAAGGCGCUGACGCAGGAUUAUUGUUCCAAGCUGAAACAUCAGAUAAGCUAGUUGGAUUGGCAAUCUCUUCUCUUAUACCUUCAAUACAGAUGCCUCCUUAUGAUGCGGCCAUACCAAAGAACUUAUCAAAACAAAAAGCUACUGGAAGAACAUUGGAUGGUGGUUCUUUUCCAUUGUGUUUGUGGUUAUCCAAGCCAGAUGCAAUGCAGACAGUAAAAGGCAAUAAAGAGAAACCUUUAUUUGAAGUUAAUGUUAGGGUAACAUACAACGUAAGUGGCUUGCUUGUAGUCGACGAAGGUGGUAUCAUCACUGCCUGCAACCAACAUUUCUCAAUGCUGACUUUUGGCAAACCCCAGUCUGAAGUGAUAGGUCAUCACAUUGAAGAUGUCAUACAGAACUUUUGUAGGGAAGCUGAUUUGGUGAAGAUGCAGGAGAGCAACAGGAAUAUGACAUUAUCUCCCGUUAAUAAUGAAGACGAUGGUUCAGUUUCAGAUACAGACGAGGACUCAUGUGGCGCCUUUAAUGGAAGUCAGAAAUCUGCAUGUAUGUCCCUCAAUGUCCAACCGUCAAUCCUGUCCACAACAAGAGAAAAGUCAUCGAGCGCACUCUGUCUAGAUAAAUCUAGCAGCUUGGUCACUCACACGCCAACACCCACACAGGACAUGGUCUCGAGUUUGAGUACCACUGAACAGAGGAAUGACAUGUCAGCCUUGCCUGACGUCACUUCCGGAAUGUCAGGAAUGUCCAUAGACGACGAGAAUUACUGCCAGAGCUCUAUCUCCAAGUCGCGUUCGGAAAAUAUUCUGCGCUCUGAACAAAGUCAUCCCACGAAACAACCCCCCGGAAAACCUUCAGAGAAAUCCGAUUCCAUUUAUUACACAUCGCAGCAUUCCCAGGAAGUUACGCCUACCGGAUCUUCCCCGAAAAUGAGACUGAACGACCCGGCAUUAAGGUUGUCUUUUGAUGCAAGCAAAUAUAAGGGCAUGAAAGCAAAUCAACAGGGAAGGGACGAUAGAAGUAGUAUUUCUUUGGAUUUCUGCGAUUCGAAUGAAACUAGUGCAGAUUUUCUGACGCCGAUCAACGAAAUGCCGCCCUCUGGUUGUGAGAUUGAAGACCUGCCGAAACAUAAUGGCAACGAAAGCUUAGAUAGCUUAAGCAAUGAUAUAGAUUUAGAAACGCAGACUGAAUCAGCUCCGAGAAAGAAGUUUGAUGACGAACCCCCCGAAACCCCGUGCGUGGCGAAGCGAAUGAUGCGCAGUCACGUGACAACAUCGACCCCGACGCACUCGCGCAACAGCAAGCUCGACUACGAGCCGGUGGACUGCCGGCACAAGGACGGCACCUACCGGGGCGUCGUCCUUCAUAGGGAUGGUACUGAACUGAACGUGGUGUACACGGUGUCGAGCAUGCAGCUGGCGAGCGGGCGCAGCGUGCGCUGCGUGUGGCUGGGCGUGCGCCGCGCCACGCUCGCCUCCAGCCUCGCCUCCACCGCCGACAACUCGCUCGUGCUCGGCAAUAAAUCAGUGAGCAGUAGACCGCAAUCCAUGUCAUUGAUGAGUCAAUGCGGCGACGAACAGAUAGCUGGGGAGUACAGCAAACAUUAUGUAACACUCAAGCAAAUUGGCAAGGGUGCUUAUGGUUGCGUCAAAAUGGCAUACAGACGAUCGGACCGCUUGCUUACAGUAGCUAAGUUUAUUCUCAAAGAAAAGGUCGGCGCACAGUUCUGGGUGGACGGGCCGGAUGGCAAGAAAGUGCCGCUCGAACUUAGCCUCCUGAUGACACUAAAACAUCCCAAUAUUGUAAGCGUGUUGGACGUGUACGAGAACGACAAGUACUUCCAAAUGGUGAUGGAGAAGCACGGCGCCGGCAUGGACCUGUUCGAGUUUAUUGAGAGGAGGCCGCGGCUGGAUGAACCGCUGCUUAGCUAUAUAUUUAGACAGAUCGGUCAAGCGGUAGAAUACUUGCACUCGCUAAACAUACUACACCGAGACAUCAAAGAUGAGAACAUCAUAAUCGAUAACAAGUUCCACGUGAAGCUCAUAGACUUCGGCUCAGCGACGUUUAUGAGCAAAGACACGUUAUUCUCCACUUUCUAUGGAACCACAGAGUAUUGCAGUCCUGAAGUGUUGGCGGGGAAUAAGUAUGCAGGUCCUGAGUUGGAGAUGUGGUCAAUGGGGAUAACACUGUAUGUGUUGACAUUCUUCGUUAACCCGUUUUCCGACAUCGAGGACACUAUACAGGGGCCGCUCUCGUUUCCACAACUUGUGUCUGAAGAGCUGGAGCAGCUGCUCCGCUGGAUGCUGUGCAAGGAGCCGUCGCAGCGCUGCAGCGUGGCGCAGCUGAUGGCGCACCCGUGGACGCGCCAGCCCGUCGCCAUCGCGCACUACCUGUUCCACGAGAUCGUCGACUGCGAUCGCCACGAAGCUAACCCAGAAAUGUACUUCAGCGGUAGUCUGGGAUCACCAAGGAGCGGUUCCCCAGUGUCACUGGCCGCUAAAGAGCGCUCGCAAGCGUCGUCGGUGGCGGCGCGCUCGGGCAGCCGGCGCGUGUCGGUGCGCCGCUCCGCCGCGCCGCCCGCCGACCGCGACCCGCACUCCGACAACUACAGCCUGCGCUCCUCCGCCGACAUUCUCGACAUCUCCUCGAAGCCUGUGUCUGACGCGGCAUUAACCGACAUCAGUUCAGAUGCCACUGGUCAUGCCGCUUGUGACAUCGACUACGACUGCGACCACUACGACUGCGACAGCUGGGAUGAGUGCGAACAGGACAGCUUUUCGUAAUCAAUAUAUCGACUACGACUGCGACAGCCGGCACGAGAGGGAGCAGGACAGCUUCUCGUAGUCGGGAUCUUUAAAUGGGGAGAAGGGGUGGGGGGGGGUCGAAUAAGCCAUUGUAAACCAUAUCAACCUUAGCACCUACGACUUGGACUACGUAAUCGACAUUUCGACUGUGAUGCGUUUGUUUUAUACUCGAGACAAACCGAUCCCUUUUUCUUGUCUUGAACUAGAAGUCAAUGAAGCGCUUGAUGUAGUUAAUAUGUCUUAUAUAAAUUGUCGCCGUCAUAGCAAUGGUUUCUAGAGAAAGGUUUUACAAAGGUGCCAAUAUGGGCGUGGAAGUUUUUAUGCAAGAUAUAAACUUAGUAACAAAAAUUAUUACCUUAAUCAAGUCGAUAUUAUAUGAAACAGCAAGAUACAUAGUACUCUAAGGGGAUAAAGGAGUCAAAAAUGUUGUAAUUCUGUAGUCUGUAGAGGUAUGACAGUUGAUACAUUCCGAAUAUUAAACAUGUAUGAAACGAGAAGUUUAACAAGUAAAGAUGUACAAAGCACUAACUAUGGUGCAAUAAUAUAAAAGCUUGCGAAUACAUCAGUAUGAGUUAACAGAAGACUUUGUUAAAUGACUAGGAUAUGACUUAGAUAUAUAAGUUUCAAAAUUGUUGACGCAAUCAAUACGAUAAUAGUUAGUAAAUUGAAAUGAAAUGCUUUUUAACUAUUGCACUUAUAGGUAAUUCAAUAUAUUCAGUAACAGCGAAUCAGUAGAAUAUAUUAAAAAUUUACUUGUAUUACAAUUUCCGUUCGAAAUAAUGUUGAUACUAUAGGGACAUACAUUGUGAUAUAGUUAAAUUCUUAUUAUAUUGAAUUAGGGCGUUAUUAUUAAGUACAAUUAAACAACUUUUGUAAUCACAUUAAAAUAAAGAGAUGCAAAAAGUAGAUUUUUUCAUACAAUCAGCAUGAUCUCACGAGGCUCAAAAUUAGAUUUAUAUUCCUUUUACCUAUUAAGUGCGUAACAGGCUUUUCGAAAUGUGAUAUAAAAUUCUUAUGUGCUUUUAGCUUUACAGCAUUAGGAAAUAAUGAUAAUGUGUAAGCGAGGAGUGAAGACGUGAAUACCUGAUAUGAUCCGCCUUGUUUAUUAUUUCAUAAUUGUUUAAACAUUCACUUUAUUCCUAAAAAGUUGUGAAUUGUGCACCAAGUUACUAUUACUUUGUAUUGAUUGUCUAUUGAUCCCUAAACUGGUGUAUUUUUUAUUUAUUAAUUAUCUAUGUACAUUUAACCUUAAUUAUAUUUAUAAUAUAUGUACCUCUCAAUAAAUAAUAACUGGACUCUGGAUAGUUCCAGUCUUUUAUGAGACGAGUUAUUUAACUCGGUUUUUAUUCAGGAAUUGGUUUAAUAUUUAAUAAAAUAAUGAUUGGUAUAACUAUCCAUUAUUUAAAAUAAAAAAAACGUGUGCCAAUAAUUAAUAGUUAUUGCACAAUCCUUUGAGCUAAAUGCCAAUAUGGAGUUGUUUACUGCUUCGUGAUAAUCUUAAAUGUUAUACACACAUACUUUAAGAUAAGGUUAUUAAUCGGUGUAGAGGAAAGUGGGGUAAUAAUAAUAAUGGUAGAUGAUUUUUUCUUAUGAUAAUUAGUAAUUAAGUAUUAAGACAAUAGUAUUUUCCUAUGUGCUUAAAUAUCGAGUAGUAUCGUUAAAGAAGGAACCAAAUUUUCAAAUGCGUAGUUGCAUUGUAUAUAUCAUGAAAUUGUUCGUAACAUAUCUGAUCUGGGUAUUAUAUAGAAUAUUUACAGUAGUAGUAGUAUAUCGAUUAGAAAUAUUUUUUUCUUAGUGUCGUCUUAUUUGUUCUGUAUAAAUAUUACAACGCAUAUAGAAAGUGCUCGGUACAUUAUUUCCGUUUCUCACUAGCAGCCAACUUUGCAGCCGUUACAUUUUAAACUUACCGAUCCGUCAAAUCCUCUAAGGUAUUUUUAAAUAUUUUAUUUGUAUUGAAAUCAGUUACACUUAUUUAAGAACACAAACUCAAACUGUCAUACAGAGUCGUCACAAUCGUCUUUCAAAUCUAAUAAACAAAAUAUCAUAUUUUGUCUCUGCAAUAAACAAGCUAAUACUGUGUAUGCGUUUUGGGAUGUUUUGAAUCUAUUUACUGACCUUUGAAUGCCAAAACGACGCUUUUGUUAUAAAUUACAAUCUAUUUCUAUUGAUUAGUAGAAAAUAAAUUUAUUUUUGUAGUGUUAAAAUAUUAUUUAUUAGGGUGGGCUUGUAUAGAUUGUCCAUUUAAAAUAUUACCGUUAUAUUCUAUAGACUUUUUUUUAAACAAGGUAUUAAAAAACGGUACAAUUUUAAAUGAACAAUGUGUAAUGAGCAAUGUAAUUAUUAAUUAUGUAAUAAUUUAUUAUAUAGUUCGGCGUGUCCGUUUUUCGACUAGUGCCUUACAACGGAUGACGGGUUGCGUUGCUCCUGUAGCGUUUUGACCAUCGUAAAUAAAUAAUUUUUAUUAAUA